UUCCUUUAACCAUUUCACUGAAGUAGCAGUUGAAAAAUUAGUUUUUUUAUCUUCUGGUAUUUAUUCAGAUUAUUGAUGCAUGAAAUGUAUAUUUUGGACGGAUAUUAUAACUUCAUGGUUUUGUGAACAUUCAAAGAAAUUAUAGAAGAAAAAGGUAAUGAAAGUAGGAAUGGUUGAAAAUAACUAAUCUAUUGAAUAUUAUAAUGUAUUCAAUUUCAAUCAUUCUUGCGAGAUCUACAUGUUUAUUAGCACAGUGUCGUGCGCAAUAAGUACAGUACAGGGCAAAGGUAGGAAGUUGAUGAUUAAUGUCACGGUCAGUGAGGUCCUCACUCUUGACUAGUGCAUACAAGAAAAUCAUGAUUUUGUAAGCGACAGCACGAACAUUAUUUGAGAAGAACAUUAAUCGUGAUAUACGUCAAGAUGGUGGAACCAAUUUUUGACUAUCAGUUUCGUCUGAUACUCAUUGGUGACAGUACAGUCGGAAAAAGUUCAUUGUUGAAAUAUUUUACCGAUGGGAAGUUUGCAGAGCUUUCAGAUCCAACAGUUGGGGUUGAUUUUUUUGCUAGAUUAAUUGAAGUACAGGAUGGAACAAGAAUAAAAUUACAAUUAUGGGAUACAGCUGGCCAAGAAAGAUUUAGGUCAAUUACAAAAUCAUAUUAUAGAAAUUCUGUUGGAGCUUUACUUGUAUAUGAUGUCUGUAAUAGAGCAAGUUUUGAACAUAUUCCUCAGUGGAUGAUGGAAGCUCGUAGGCAUAUUGAACCACAUCGUCCUGUGUUUGCAUUGGUAGGUUGUAAAUUAGAUUUGGUUACCAAUGGGAGUAGACGAGAAGUUUCAAAAGAAGAAGCCAGAGCUUUUGCUAAUUUGCAUGAAAUAAAUCAUAUUGAAACCAGUGCAAAGACUGGAGUUAAUGUUGAAGAAGCAUUUCGAACAGUUACACAAGAAGUUUAUAAUAGAAUACAAAUUGGUGAAUACAAAGUUGAAGAUGGUUGGGAUGGAAUAAAAACUGGAUUUGUUAGACCUGGUGGUAUAGAUUUUAAUUUAGUUGAAGCAGAACCUGCAAAAACUUCUUGUUGUUAA